UGUCUUUCUUCGUUUCUCACCAUUGUAUUGUAGUCCUCAGCUCAGCUCAGCUAACCCUUUCACCACUCUCUCUCUCUCUCUCUCUCUCCUCUCUCUCCCGCAGAUUCUUUGACAGUUUCACUAAACCCCACCUCCACCCCCAGCUUCCCCCCCUUUCCUUCCUCUCCACACCCCCAUUGCUACCAUCCCACUUUCUCUCGUCCUUUCAUUGGUUCCUCCCACCUCGGAAACUAUUAAGAAAACAUAAAAAACAAGAAAGAAAACCAGCAUCACCACCGGAUCACUGCCGGAGUCCUCCAUGGACCACCGGCAACAGCCACCCUCUUCUCCUCCACCUCCAGCCACCUUCCCCGGCUGAAUGCAAAAACCCCCCCCAUGUCAAAGCUACAUCAUCCCUGAGUUAACAACCCUUCAUCAGCAAUUCGUACCGAUUUCUCUUCUUCUUUAGCACUUUCAAAAACCUUUGCACCACUUAAUUUACUCGGAAAAACAAAACCUUUAAAAAAAAAAAAAAACUACUACCAUUUUUCCCACAUAGUAAUACACGUUCAAAACACACACACACACAGAGUUGGGAGUGGAAGCUGGAAAGCGAGAAAUAAUAUUAAUGGCUGCAGCAACCAACACUAACACGCAGGCAGCUCUGGAAUCAACAACAACAGCAACAGCAACGGCCACCUCGGCAUCCCUAUCAGCUGAUGAACUGACAGCCAAGGCAGUUCACAAGAGAUAUGAAGGUUUGGUGAUGGUACGGACGAAAGCUGUAAAGGGCAAAGGGGCUUGGUACUGGGCUCAUCUCGAGCCUAUUUUGGUUCACAAUUCUGAUACUGGUUUGCCUAAGGCUGUCAAGCUCAGGUGUUCCCUCUGUGAAGCUGUUUUUUCCGCAUCUAACCCUUCAAGAACUGCCUCUGAGCAUCUCAAGAGGGGUACUUGUCCCAAUUUUAGUACUGCUGUCAAGUCCAUUUCUUCUAUGCCCUCCUCAUCCACUCCUACUGUCAAUUUCAUGUCCUCAUCGCCUCCUUCUUCCUCCCAAGUACAACAGCCACACCACAACCACCGCAAGCGUAGCGCUGGUGGAGGCCGUGGUGGUGCUGUAAAUAUUGGCUUGUCGCCGUCGAGCGCUACUCCUACCUCGAGCGCUUAUCAAGUUCCACCAUUGGCUAUUGUUGAUCCUUCGAGAUUUGCAGUCGAGUUGGCAUACCCGCCUAUAACUAGUACUGUUGUCGUCACUGCUGCUGCUGCUGCUGCUAGUAGUAGCGGCGGUGGUGGAGGUGCCAUGUUUGCUGCUGCUUCUCAACAACAACAUCAACAUCAGCAGCAUUUGAUGUUGUCAGGUGGGAAAGAGGAUUUGGGAGCAUUGGCCAGGUUGAAGGAUGAUGUGAAGAGGCUGAAGAGUCCUAAAACAUCGCAUGGUCCGGCAUUGAGCAAGAACCAAAUUGAUUCUGCACUUGACUAUCUUGCUGAUUGGGUGUAUGAGUGUUGUGGGACAGUGUCAUUUUCAAGUCUUGAGCAUCCUAAAUUUAAGGCAUUUCUUAACCAGGUUGGACUGCCUGCAAUUUCAGGGAGGGACUUUUCCGGGUCCAGAUUGGAUAACAAGUAUGAGGAAGCUAGGGCCGAGUCUGAGGCCAAAAUUAGGGAUGCCAUGUUUUUCCAGAUUGCUUCUGAUGGUUGGAAGUCGAGGAAUUAUGGGUAUGUGGGAGAGGAGAAUUUAGCGAAUUUGGCUGUCAAUCUUCCCAAUGGGACCAGUGUGUUUAGGAGGGCAGUGUUUACCAGUGGUUUUGUGCCCUCAAAGUAUGCAGAGGAAGUGUUAUGGGACACUGUCACAGAAAUUUGUGGGAAUAACGUGCAACAAUGUGCGGGCAUUGUCGCUGACAAGUUUAAGGCCAAGGCAUUGAGAAAUUUAGAAAACCAAAAUCACUGGAUGGUAAAUCUUUCUUGUCAGUAUCAAGGGUUCUGUAGUUUGAUUAAGGACUUGAGCAAAGAGCUUCCGUUGUUCAAGAAUGUGACUGAGAAUUGUUUAAAACUUGCAAAUUUCGUCAAUAGUAAGUCUCAGAUAAGGAACAGCUUUCAUAAGUAUCAGUUGCAAGAGUAUGGACAUGCUGGAUUACUGAGAGUACCUUUGCGUGGCUUUGAGGGUUCGGAUUUUGGGCCUGUUUACACUAUGGUGGAGGAUAUUUUGAGUUAUGCACGGGCACUUCAGUUGGUAAUACAUGAUGAGUCGUAUAAGAUUGUUUCGAUGGAGGAACCAAUUGCUAGUGAUAUUGAAGAGAUGAUGAGGAAUCCGCACUUUUGGAAUGAAUUGGAAGCUGUACAUUCAUUGGUAAAACUGAUCAAGGUCAUGGCGCAGGAUAUUGAGACAGAGAAGCCAAGAGUUGGACAAUGCCUUCCUCUUUGGGAGGAACUUAAGUUGAAGGUCAAAGAAUGGUGUUCUAAGUUUCAUAUUGCUGAAGGGCUUGUGGAGAAAAUAAUUGAAAGGAGAUUUAAAAAGAACUAUCAUCCGGCCUGGGCUGCUGCAUUCAUUUUGGAUCCUCUGUAUUUGAUCAGGGACACUAGUGGGAAGUACUUGCCACCUUUCAAAUGCUUGACACCAGAGCAAGAGAAGGAUGUUGAUAAACUCAUUACCAGGCUUGUAUCUAGGGAGGAAGCUCACAUUGCAUUGAUGGAGCUCAUGAAAUGGAGAACAGAAGGACUUGAUUCUGUUUAUGCCCAAGCUGUACAGUUGAGACAGAAGGAUCCUAACACGGGGAAGAUGAAAAUUGCCAAUCCGCAAAGUAGUAGGCUUGUAUGGGAAACUUAUCUUACAGAGUUCAAGUCCUUGGGGAAAGUUGCAGUCAGACUGAUUUUCCUUCAUGCGACGUCCUGUGGGUUCAGAUGCAAUUGGUCUUUAUUGAAAUGGAUGAGUGCUCAUUCCCAUUCAAGGGUAGGCAUGGACAGGGCUCAGAAGUUGAUCUUCAUUGCAGCUCAUUCAAAGCUUGAGAGGCGGGAUUUUUCCAGUGAAGAAGAUAGGGAUGCAGAGCUCUUUGCUUUGGCUAACGGUGAGGACGAUGUGCUCAAUGAUGUUUUUGUUGAUACUUCCUCUGUGUAACAUUCAUUGUUUCUUCUCUUUUCUAUCAUUCUAAAUUUUCUAGAAUUUUUAAUUAAUUCUUUCUACAACUCGGUAGUCCUACUUUUGUUUCUUUAAGAAGAUUUCGGCGCAGUUGGUUGAAAGAGAGGAGGAUAUUAUUUGAUGUUAUCAGCAAUUCCUUAUGGAGGGUAACUUCUUGUUUGUAAAGAUAAGUCAUGAAUAGAGUUUGCAGGAUAGAAAGGAUGAUGUAACAUUUUUGUUCCUUCAUUAAUUUGGAAUGAAAACCAUUUAUAGCGAAUUUCUUUCUUUUUGCCAUGUGUUUUAGAUCAAACCUUAUUGUCUUCAUAAAAUUUAUUACUUGUUCAUUUUGUGCUGUUUAUGUUUCUCUUCAGCAUUGAUGAACUCUCUCUCCUUGAUUUGGCUUCUUGUCAAAAAUUUCUGAUCUGCUUUCCUACCUCUUUUGUGCUUUGCACUUCAGCUGCAGCUGAAACCUAUUUACGCUCUUAUGAGCUUUAGACUGGACAGAGCACUUUUUUUGGAACGAGUAGCUUCAUAAAACUUGAUAUUUACCCAGCCAUAUUUUGCUGUCUUUUAAGUUUGUGCCAGAAAUGUUUCUGUCAGAAAAAUUGCAAGAUCACUGAGUUCUUAACCCCUCAAUCCUUCCUUAUUUUGAAAGGUGUUAGACCUCUUCUGCUAAGUAAUCUUGUAUUCAAUACAACACCUUUUCAAGUUCGUCUCUGUUUCUGGUAGUUCAAGAUCACAAUUCCUGCUAUUUUGAGAAAGUCUCAGAAUCCCUCAAUCCAACGGGUUAAUUUUCCUAUUUAAUGAUGACACUCUUAAACGAACUUGCGUCAAUUCUCUUGAUGUCCAUCCUAAAAGGGUCAUCCAGAUUGAAGGUAAGUAUUAGCUAUAGUCUUUCUUCCCAUUCCAGUUUCCCGUGCCAUCAUGGAAUAGGGAACCAGUUUCCUGCAAAUCUAACACCACUCCGAGCAAGUGAUGGUUUUCUGGACAAAGGAGGAAGGCAAGGAACUGUAAUACAACUGUAAUAUUGGAAGCAUUUGCUGGGGACAAUUUCAGACCAGAGAGACCGCCAUAGGAUGCCUGGUUGGUAGUGAAACGGUGAGAUCAUGAUUUAAAAGGAGAAUUUCACGUAGAGGAUCCAAGAAAGGGUAUGAUUUGAGUUUCACGGUGUUCUUCUAAAAAGGCCAGAGUGCACUGGAUCCAUGUGGUGGCAAAACAAAAAUUUGCAACUAGGGUCAACCUAUCAGACUUGCUAUUUCAUGAUUUCCUAUGAACUUCCAGCUUUGACAAGGCUGGAGCCCCACAGGAAAAGCAGUGCAGUGGAAGUCGAUUUCCAAUUUUUGGUGGUUAUGGUCCUUAUGGGGAGAGAGAGAAAAAGGGCUCUUAAGUUAAAUCAUCUUUGGUUAACCUCUCUUUUAAACAUUUCAAAGCUUGUGAUGUUCAUGCAGAGUCAUCGGAUGAUGCUCCCCAUGAUUGCUGAAAAGGUUGUGAGAGGACCCAAAGCAGAAGAAGCUGUCGGCAUGAAGCAAUACGGAAGAUGCUUGAUAGUGAUUUGGCAACAAAGGGUAACUAAUUUUGCUGGUUCCAGAUAGCUUUGAGAAACAAAGAAUCAUCAUUAUUCGGGAGAAACAAAAAAAAAAAAAGGGGUUGUUGCUGUUGUCACCUUUCGAAAGAGUUGGUUCAUUUAAUAUUGAAAUUUAUUGGUUGAAAGAUCUUCGCAUUUCAUAGUCAAUGCUAGAAGCAGGGAUGCACAGACGUAUGCUGUUGUUAUGUUUUUGGUAUGGCUGGCUAGAAUGUUUUACGAAAAGAAAAUUGCUGAUGCUAUUUCAUACUCCUCUAUCACCAUGGAACCUUUUGGUUCAUUAAUUAAGGUUGUGAGAACUAUAGCAUAAUAGAACCACAACUUCACAAAA